UGAGAAGAUGCGGUGGGUUGGAGGUUGGGCGUGGCGUGUGGGCGGGGCUGUGGGCGUGAUUUGGCUGGUGGGCGUGGCACUACUGGCACCCACUGGACCACCAACCACCAGUGACCCGCGACUCUCUCAGCGCCUCCAGCGGGCUGUCAACGACCUUGAUCUUCUCAAGAAGCAGAAUGAUGACAUCAGACAAGUGCUUCACGAAUUUACUAAACAGGUGAACUCUCUCAAUAAUGAUGAGGGACGAGGAGGAGGAGCUCAGACCUCCAGUGGCAACACAGCCAUGGUAGCCGAGCUGCAGAAGAAACUGGAACACGCGCAGAGAAUGUUGCAACAAGCUGAUGUUACUGCCGAGCGCAAGCCAGGAUUGUCCGACUUUACACCAUCACUAGAGUUUGAACAGACUCGAAGGCUUGUGGAACAGGGCGUCCAAGAAACUUGGUGGUAUGUUUCCGACCAACUCCAACAACUGCGUAAAAAAGUCGCAGCAUUCUCUGAUUUCACUUCUCACAUUGAUCAGAUGUUGGAAGUAGGAGCAGAUCAUGCAAGAGUAACCCAGUAUGAUCUUCAUCGUCUUAGCCAUCUGGAUGGCUUAGGGUCCUGGAGAGAACAAGAGGCUGCUGAUCUUAGUGGCUUAAUACAAAAUCGACUUCAUGCCCUCCAACACCCACCUGAUUGUGCUAAAGCCAAAAAGCUUAUCUGUAAUCUUAAUAAG